CAAUUGUGAAACGAACGAGAUCGUCGUAUUUUGAUUUGAGUGAUAACCAAUUUUAUUUAGUUCGGAAAAGAAUCAAUUUUCACUCCACUUUUAAUACUAUUGCAUUAAAUUAUCCAUGAAGUUAUUGGUGUGCAAACUGAUCGCAUCAAAUACCAUGUCCGUAAUGUGAUAUCGGAAGGCAACCUGCUGUGUACUCUUCAAUUUUGACCAUGAAAUCUAGUAAACGAAGACUGCAAGCACUAACCGAAGGAACAGAUGGAAACUUACCUAGUUAUCUCAAAAUGGAAGACUCUGAAACAUCUAUCCCGCCAGUAUUUAGGUCUCGACUUCAUGAGCUAUUUUCUCAGAUAGAGAAAGAGUUUGAUCUUUUGUACACGGAAAACUUAAAUCUACAAGAGAAGAUAGACAUAUUAAGUGAAAAACUGGAGAGGGAGAGUUAUCUGGGGGACAAGCAGAAUCCAGAUUACAUUGAAUUUGAAGCUGCGGGGAAAACUUCUAAAACCAAAUUAUCCCAAAGCAACUCCCAGAAAGUGAAAGCGAGCCACAAGCUGCGAGUGCAGACGAGCAAGAUUGUGUCCAGCUUCAAAGCACCGACAUACAACUGUCAGCUAGUCCGGGAGUUCACCGGACACAAGGAUGGCAUCUGGGACGUGUCCUCGGCUAGGCCGGGACAGGCGCUUAUUGGGACAGCUUCAGCAGAUCACACGGCAUGCGUAUGGAGCGUCGAGUGGGGCAAGUGCCUACUCCAGUACACUGGUCACGCGGGCUCCGUCAACUCUCUCCGGUUCCACCCCAGCCGCGACAUCGCGCUCACCAGCAGCGGCGACAACACCGCGCACGUGUGGCAGGCGGCCGUCAACUGGGACCUGCCGCGCGGCCAGUCCUCCGAAGAAGAAUUAGAAGGCGGCGGCGAAGAAAGCCUCGGGGAAGGCAGCGACCGUCCCGAAGUACUGCGCACGCCGCUGACCGAGCUGGGUGGACACUCCGGGGUGGUGGUGGCCGCUGACUGGCUGACGGGCGGCGACCACGUGAUCACGGCCUCGUGGGACCGCACCGCCAACCUGUACGACGUCGAGACGGGGGACUGUCUGCAGAUACUCAUGGGACACGACCACGAACUUACACACGCGUCCGCACAUCACAGCUCUCGGCUCGUAGUGACGGCCUCUCGGGACACCACGUUCCGACUGUGGGACUUCCGCGAGCCCAUACACUCCGUGUCCGUCUUCCAGGGACACACCGAGAGUGUUACCUCUGCGGUUUUUACCCGUGAAGAUAAAGUGGUGUCCGGAUCUGAUGAUCGCUCAGUAAAGGUGUGGGACGUCCGUAACAUGCGCAGCGCCUUAGCCACGAUCCGUUCCGACUCGUCCGUGAACCGGGUCGGCGUGAGCAGCACCGGCAUCAUCGCCAUCCCGCACGACAACCGGCAAGUGCGGCUGUUCGACCUGCAGGGGCAGCGGCUAGCUCGCCUGCCGCGCUCUAGCCGACAGGGCCACCGCCGCAUGGUGACGUCAGUAGCGUGGGCGGAGGACAUAUCGCCAAACAUCAACUUCUUCAGCUGCGGCUUCGACCGCCGUAUCCUCGGCUGGUCCAUCCAGCCCUCCAAAGAUAAUUAGUUUACUUCUAACACUGUUACAAGGGUUUUUACUACACGCACACCGCUAUCAACACUAUAGAUUACGUGUAUUUUACAGCGAAUUGUCUAUGGACAAAAAAUUGGAAAUGACAUGUUGGAAGCAGGCCGCGUAGCGAUCGAAACGAAACUGUCACUGUUGCACUAAUAUGGAAGAGUGAUAGAGAGACACAGCGAUUCGAUGGCGAAGCGCAAGCGAUUGUCACCUUGGCUAGGCCAUCUGAUUUGAUACGCAGUAUGUCUAUAGUCUGGCAAACCAAUUUUGUCAGUGUAAAAAGCGGCAAAUUUGAAACCGCAUCACCUUCCAUCCCUCAUUAAAUUUGAAGUUUGUUUUUUUCCUGGUUACAAAUUGGUAUGCCAGACUAAAUAAACGCAGUGGCGUAGCGUGAAGUAACCUAGUCGUGGACGAAGUCGCAUCUGCGAAGCCCUUUUCUCUAAAUGUGUAUCCCCAAGGUAAUAAAAAGGGCUAGUUCCGGCUAGGCCCCCUUAAAGGCGAGGGCCCACAUUGCCCACGCCCAUAGUUCGUUUUUUUAGCAUUAGAAAUAAGGUAAACAAUCUUGAAGUGUCUUUAUUGAAAAACACGCUUUAAGAAUAGCUUUAAAAUAAGUCACGGCAAAUAUGUAACAAUUAUGAAUCUAAUACGAUCAUUUAUAUACUUCUGCUUUCAUAAAUAAUAGUUACUGAUUUUUCAAAAGCCUUUUUCAAUUAAAAGACACGUCAAGAUCGCUAACCAUCUUACUAAUGCUAAAAAAAACAAACUAUAUAGCUACGCCACUGUUCGUCGACGCACAACAGAGAACUUGUGCUAUUGUUACAUCUAUUUUAAUUUAUCUACAUAUUAUUAAUAACAAAAAUAAACAAGUGAAUAAUAAAAUUCCAUGAAUUACAGUUAGAACAAUGGAAUGAGCUGUUCAUAACGUAUGUAAGUCAUAAUGUGCAAUGGAAGAAUGUACAUAUCGGUUCCAAUGGAAUUUAUAUUGCAUAAGGUGGGCGUUUCGAAAAUAAUUGUAUGUCGUAAUCUAGUCUUGUAUUUUUGAAUGGUCCCAUUGAUACGCUCAGCAGUACCAUUAUGUGUGGGAUAGCCCUGUUUUAUUUAUUUUAUGAGGUUUUUUGGAAUGGUUCAUGUUUCUUCUAGUAUAAAACUAAGGGGUUUCGAUACUAACUGAUCAAAUAAAUUUAUUUUUCAUUUCUCAUGCUGUGAAAAAGGUUUCUUCACCAGAGCAUUUCAGGUUCCAAGUACGAUUUUUUAUUUAUGAUAAGGAAUUAAAAUUCGGGUAUAAAUGGAUUUGUUAUACAAUUUCCAUUUUAAUAUUUUUCUCCCCAUUCCAUAAAUAACGAUAUUUUUGCCUAAAUUGUUAAUUGAAAGUACCCUAAAAAAAUACUUUAAAAAUUAUACUUAGUCGUAUUUUUAAAUAAAACACAUAUUUUACUUUCCUCGUAUUCGAAAUGAAAUGUAGAGUGUUUAACUCGGGUGAAAGGCAUCCCUUGGUUAACAAUCUACUAUUACAUGGUAUUUUAUGGGGUUUACCAGAGUUUAGACCUUUGGUAUGGUAGGGACAUUUAUUACUUAUUAGACUUCUAUCUGUGACUGAAAUUCGUCUUUAAAUGAUAAUAAUUGGAAUUAGCGCUGUAAGGAAGAGUAAAUCAAUAUGUCAAAAUCGGCUGACGAAAACAUAUAUAGGAAUUAUCAUUCCAAAUUUCAGUGGCAAAUAUAAUCUUCAAUUUUGGAAUAAAUUAGUGAUAAUAGUAAUUUUGCUUCCAAAAUAUAGUAAGUCGAAAGUAUAAUAGAGUUAGACCAAGAAAAGUUUGCGACGAUAUUGAUAGCCCACGCAGUGCAAGUGUUAUUCAUACGUCAUAAUUUCAUUGAAGUUUGACGUUUAAUGACACUUGCACUGCGUGGCCUAUCAAAAUCACUGCAGAGUUUUCUCGGUCUGUCUCUACUAAGUUAAGUUAAAUACGCGAAAGAGCGCAUUCCUAUAAAAAUAAUAAAAAAAUUGUACUCUUGAUGCCAAUGUCAAAAAAUAUUACAAGUAGGAAAGCGUUACAUGAAAUAGCGCGGAACAAAACGCACCAAUCAAAAUUAUUAAUUGUAGUGUUUCUGUAAAAGGGGGUUUUUCUUUCAAUUUUCUUCAGAAUACAUCGUCAGGUGACAAGCAAAACUCACUAAUUACUAAAAAAUAAUUAAACAAAAACUAACCUUAUUUGAGUACUAAUAUGGUUCACUAUGGCUAUGCCCUUGUGGUGGUAAUUAGUGAGUUUUGCUUGUGCUGUUAGUUAGUGAACUAACAGCAUUGAAAUUAUUGGACAACAAACAGUGUUACAAGUGUAAUAAAGUGCAUUGUUACUUUAAUUUUUUGAUAGUACUUAGUGACUUUUGCUUGUCACCCGACGUAUAUACAUUACAAACAGAAACAGCGAAACGUUUAUAUGUGACGUCCUAGGGGUAAAGGUACCUUAUGGCGGUUGGCGCUUACGCUAUUAUUAACGCCGCUCCAAUAUUAUUGUGGCGCUAUGUGACGUAAGUGCCAACCACCAUAAGGUACCUUUUACCGUGAAACGUCACAUACUAUAAUUUAGCAAAUACUAACAGCACAAUAUACUAAUCAAUUGUUAUAGUUAGAAUACUUUAAAUAUGUUGUUGGCUUUUAGUAGUCUAUUAAGUGUUUUGAUUGAUUGGUUUGUCCAUUAAUUGUAAUUGCUAUUUAAUAUUUAAUUUAAGGCGGUUGUUGGUGAUUGUAUUCGUAUAUAUAUAUGUCGCAGUAAGAUAGAUAUAGCCGUUAUAUAGUUAUAACCCUAGGGAUAUAAUUAUAUGACGUAACAUAGUUAUACGAAAGCGAUUAAUUACUAUGUUACUAGGUAUAUAACUAUAAUACGGCUUUAGUUUAGUGAUAUAGUUAUAUUACUGGAUUAAGUUUAGUGAAAUAAUUGUAAGUAGGAGUGCAGUGGUGCGGCGGAGGUAUAGUUAUAUCCCUAGGGAUAUAGUUAUAUGCCGUAUAGUACGUAACUACGUAUUAUAAUCAUAUUCCUAGUAAGAUAGUAAUUGUAGGUAUUAGGAGUGCGGCAGUGUGGCAGAGGUUUAGUUAUAUCCCUAGGGAUAUAGUUGUAUGCCGUAUUAUAAUCAUAUUCCUAGUAAGAUAACUAUUAUAUAUAUUUUCAUGCUGCUAUUUUUAAGGGUUUAUGAGGCAUUGCGAUCGAUUCACGAAAGCUGGCGCGAGAUUUGACAGAAAUUCAAUGAAAAUAGCUGUCACUCAGUAGAAAUCUCGCGCCAGCUUUCAUGAAUCGACCUGUACUUUUACGUAAUAUUGCUAAAAAGUAUUAUACGGCAUAUAACUAUAUCCCUAGGGAUAUAACUAUACCUCCGCCGCACCGCUGCACUCCUACCUACAAUUAUUUCACUAAACUUAAUCCAGUAAUAUAACUAUAUCACUAAACUUAAUCCAGUAAUAUAACUAUAUCACUAAACUAAAGCCGUAUUAUAGUUAUAUACCUAGUAAGAUAGUAAUGAAUCGCUUUCGUAUAACUAUGUUACGUCAUAUAAUUAUAUCCCUAGGGUUAUAACUAUAUAACGGCUAUAUCUAUCUUACUGCGACAUAUAUAAGGUAGAAGUACUAGUUCUCGACGCUGCACUAGUAUUCGACAUGGGCACUUUAUGUCAAAGUAAUAUAGGUUAAAUUUGAAUGGCGAAGAUUUGUCUGUAUUCAAAUUUAAUCCUUGUCACUUUGACCAGGCGUGGCUCACUCCGCGAUUUCGUUGCUUUGCUACAGGUAGCUAAAAGUACAAUCUAUUGGACCCCAAUUUUGGGGUUUGCCAUAAGCCGCGCGGGGCGCUGUCGCCACCUAGCGGGCAUAUCUGUGCUGAUCGUGACAGACGAGUUUUGUUAGAGAGUGUGUCUUCUGUACCUAGUACUAUUAUUUAUUCUGUGCUUUGACAUAAAGUGCCCAUGUCGAAUACUAACUAGCGCAGCGUCGAGCACUAGUACUUCUACCUUAAGCCUGUUAGGCCAAACGGAUUUGAGGGAGAUAUUAACCUUCUUAUUAGAUGUGAUUUAAAAUAUUCGUCUGCUAGAUAUAGACAUAAUAUUAUACCUAAUUUAGAUGGGAUUAGUCAUUGUACCUAACCUUUAGGUAAAGUAUUGUGGGCUUUUUAUUGGAGUAGAUAUGAAUGUAUUAUUUCUUCUUCAAAUUUUAUAUAAUAAAUAUAAUAUCCGCUCUAAGGUACAGUCAGAAUGUACAGGUAUAGUAAGGUACAGUCAGAACGGCUGGCGCUUACGUCGCAUAGCGGCGCAAUAAUAUUGGAGCUGCGUUAAUAGUAGCGUAAGCGCCAACCGCCAUAAGGUACCUUUACCCGUGGGGCGUCACAUAUGUGUUACGAUAUAUUUGGCCACUUUGUAAUUUUUGUGACGUUUUCAACCAAAAGGUACCCCAUUGACGGUUGUCGAUAAGGUUGAUUUCAAAUUCAAUCUUUAUGGAAAUAGUGCCUAGUCAGACAAUAAAAAGUACCCUUUUGAAUGAUGUCACAUUUGAUGCUGGCUGCACCUACGAUCCUAAAAAGAACAAACCACCAUAGUAUUUUGAAUAGGAGGCCGUUAUAUUGAACAAGAGGAAAAUAUUUUCAUGGUCUACUUCAUGGUAUAAUAAUAUACUCCGCCUGGUACUCUCUUCCCGUCUUUUCUAGGUCACCUGACUGACACAAGCCUACGUCAUCAUGCGACAGCGCUAUGAUAAUAUGCGAUAGCGCUAUAUAUAGCGGCCAUGUUAUUGUGACGUAGGCUUGUGUCACUCUGGGAAGAGGAGACCAUGUUUUAUUAGACUAUGGUCUACUUAAAGCUAUAUAAAAGUUGCCACUAUCCUUGAGAGCUCAAUCAUUUCAUCUACGUACCUUGUACCGUACUUGUACGUACGUACGUACUCUGGGCAAUGUAAUGUGAUGUUAUGAUACACGAAUGUAUUUUGAAAUUCUUGCAUAAAUUGUGAAUAAACCAUUGACAUAGAUAUCUAGGGAGUGGCCUUACGGGCAAUAAUAAUGAGACAUGACAGGGGCCAGUACAGCGGUGUGACACCGCUACAACGCGAUUGGUUGAUGAGUUCGCAUCACGCGUGCUAUUGGUUGCAAUUAGUUGUGUUUUACUGCACGACUGGCUGGAAUUCGUGAAUGACACCGCUGAACUAGUACCAUUUUUAGUGCCCGUAAGGCCAGUCCUUAGAUAUAUAAGUCAAUGGAAUAAACAACAUUUCUUUAGCGUUACCAGUGGUCAAUCUAUAAGGAAACUAAUAACAUCUCUUGAGUAACCAGCCUAGUCAACUUUUAUAUAUUUUGGUUGUAUGCCAAAGAUCAAAUCGGGAAUAUUUUGUUCAUUUUUUAAAAUGAUCACAGCUUUAUAUGUUGUCUAAUAACCCCAAAAUAGUCUUCUGUCAGUGAGACCGUAACCCAAGUAUUCAUACUAAAUUCUGAUACCUACUGCAGGCGUGUCCUCAUAAGGCCCAGCCAUACAAAUGAAAAACGCAAAAUUUGCCACAGAAAUUUGUACCUACACUGUAGGAAAUAGAGUUGAUUUUGCAUUGUUCAAAAACUAAAGCAAAAGCAACUCUGUUCUAAUCGAAUAUGAUUUAAAUUUCAUUGAACUGAAUAAGUACUAUAGGUAGGACCUCGGGCCUUAAGAGGGAAUUAUGGAUGGCUUUAUCCACGUGACAAAAUAACCGUCACUUUUUAGCAAACCGCGAUUGAAAGUGACGGACAGCGUUUUAUCACGUUGUCACGUAGACAAGAACGACCAUCAUAUACUGAACUCCGUAUGGAAACUAUGUAUAACCAAGUACCUAAUUAUUUUACCAUGACACCGUGCAAUAAUUAGUAAUUUACUAUGAAUAAUGUCUCAAUCGAUUCGAUUAGAUUAUUAUUGUAUACGGAUCCGAACGCCUCUCCGGUGUGUGAGCGACACAGUGCUCUGCACGUGUGUCCCCUUCGCACAAGGGGGCGACGGGCGAAUUCGUAUCAGGCCGCGUAGCCAAGACGCCGAUCGCUUACGCUCCGUAGCGAUCGAAACGCAACUGUCACUGUCGUACUUAUAUGGAAGAGUGAUAGAGAGACAUAAUGCUUUUCGUUAUCGAAGCGAUAGCGAUUGUAACCUUGGCUAGGCCGGCUGUUUGAUAACCGCGUAAGAGUCGAUUUCACAGAAAGUCUUACAGAUUUUUUCCUAUUGUAAUAGUUUCGCAAAUAACUUAUUUUCAUACAGUAAAAUGUUUUCUGGUAUAUGAAUAAUUAUUAGAUACACCUAUUAUGUUUGUGCUUCACACUUUGUACCCUGCACUUAAAUUGUGUCGCUUAAAAUGAAAUCAUAAUAAAUAAUGUGUUAAAAUGUACCGUCGUUAUUGGACGUUGAAUAAUUUCUAUAUAAAAUGAUCUGAAUAUUUUUGUUACGUGAAAAAUAGUAUGAAAUAAAAUUAUGAAUAAUAA